AUGUGCAGAUUUGCCAAUCGAACCCUUCGACAGAGCCACUAUGAUUGUCGUGUCCGUGGGGCCAAAUCGGCCGAGCUAAUAAUUUGCUGGGGCUGGCGUUGGCGUGAAGUUGAUGCGAAGCUGAGGCUGGUGCCUCUUGGCUCGUACGACCAGACAAUCACAGUUGGAAGCAUAACAUUUCAUGCAUUGUUCGCUAUUUUGAUUGUCCGACAUAACGUAUCAUAUCGCUCCUCUCCCACGACUCUUUUCUCAUGUGCAUGCUUUGCAGCCAUGGUUCCAACUGCCUUCUGUAGUCGCAUACUUAAAAUGAAUGGACACAUUUAA